AUGGCCACCCUGAAACGCAAAUCCCCAGAGUUUAUUGACACGCCAGAUGCCGCCCUUACGGGCAGGCCAGCCAAGAAGCUGCGCUUGACGCACAGCCAGAAACAGGCGUUGAUGGAUAAUCUCCAGCUUGAAAUCACUGAGCGAGCUCGUAAACUUCGCUCUCAAUAUGCCCUUCAGGCGAGUGAUCUCCGAUCACGCAUUGAACGACGCGUCAACCGCAUCCCUGUCUCUCUUCGCAAGGCCAACAUGGGCGAGCUCUUUGAAAAACAUAAUCAAGCACAAGCCAUGUCUCCAGCACGAAAGUUCUCUCCUACAAAGGCUUCGCGCUCCGUCACCAACAUGGCGUCCAUAGAUCAAGCCCUCUCACCGCAUGGCCGGACACGCCGAAGCCGCGAGGGUCACUACUCUGACAAGGAAAACGCGACAGCCACCGGUGAGCCCGACGGUCUCAAGAACCCCAAACGUCGCGUCAACCCCACAGCAGGAGGUCCCUCUCGUGUCGUCUCCCAGGAGAUGCGAGGCAACGACAACCGCAUUCUGUCGCCCAAGUCAAGCAACUCACGAACUUACCCCCAAUCUCCCUUCCACACUUCUCCUGAAAAGGGCCAGCCUUCCUAUCUGGCACGGCCCAUGUCCCCAUUGAAGCCCACCAGCCCUCUACGCGCCGCGGGACCAUCCAGUCGUCCCCGUGGAGCUACCACAUCAACCGUUCGAGACAAUUGGCAACAACCUACAGGCAAGAAAGCCACCUCCCGUGCUGCAACCGGCCCCAAGUCUGUCAGAUCACCUCCACCACGCUCUGCAACUCGACAGGGAGAACGCAAGAAUAGCAUUUCAUCUGUCACGUCCACAGGUACGACUGUCAUGAAGCCUAUUCGAACUGGUGCUGGAGCUCGAAAAAACGCUGCUGGGACCACAUCCGCAAAUACCGUGAAGAAACCAGCUAUUCCCCGGGCGCCGGCUGCGUCUCUGGCACUGAAGAGACCCGCGACAGCACCUGGCAUGCGGAAAAACACUGCUCCAGAGCCAUCUCGUGGUACACGUGCUCUGCGUAAGCGUGUCUAA